AUGACAGAACACGAAGAUUUAACAAUUGAAAAGAGUUCAGUCAUAGCAGUGCUUAAUGAAAAUGGUCGUUCAUAUUGGCUUGCGAAAGUUAUAAAUGCUGACGAUGAAAAUAAAAAUAUUGAGAUUCAAUAUUUCGAUCAUAAUACCUUUAAAAUCGAAAAUACAUCUACAGAAUUAGUUGCACGUGAAUCAAUAUUAUGUACGUUUGGCAAAAUUCGUCACAGUUGCAAACAAUUCAAAUUAUCGGAUGUUUUACAAGCAAAGUUAGUUACCCAGGAGGAUCAUUCCGACAAUCGGACCCAAUAA